AUGGCCCCCUGUCCCCAGCCUGACUUCUGCCCAGCUGGCAGCCCCCUUGGCCUGAUAUGUCUGACCCUUUUGCUCAUCCCUGCUGCAGCUGGAACCUACUGUGAAUGCAGCCUUGGCCUCAGCCGCGAGGCCCUUAUUGCUCUCAUUGUGGUGCUGGCUGGUGUCAGUGCCAGCUGCUUCUGUGCCCUCGUUGUUGUGGCGAUUGGUGUCUUUCGAGCCAAGGGUGAUACGUGCCCAGGACGCUUGGAAAACAGGUUGGCGGGGCCCUUCGGGGUCCAGGAGGAUCGCAUGGACCUGCGCUCAGUCCACGUGGAGUCCCACCUCAUGGACCCUGAGCUGGAUGUAUCCAUGAUGACAUCCUUGGACGGCCAUGGUCUCCUCCCCAUGGAGGUUUCUCUGGAGCCGCCACCUCCAACCCCUCCCCCUCCCCCUCCCCCAGAGUAGCGGAGGAAAGCUAGGAUUGGAAA